GAUUCUUUCUGUCAAUGGGGUGCUGUUCCUUUAAAACUCAGCUUGAGGAUGCCCUCCUACAAGGAUAAGCAGUGAAUUGAGCCGGCUGGCACAGGCAUGAUGCAGAGGGAACCACCACUUGCACAAACGGAUUUGUUGCUCAAUAUGGCUUUGUUACACAACUCUGCUUCUAAGGAGAGCUUUUGGUCAGACAGAUUGCUGAAAGAGUAGCUGUUUUAAUGGACCAUUCCAGAAGCCCAGAGCAUAAUAGACAGUCUUCAUCACCAAGUGACAGUAUCAACCUUGGACCUUCUGCUAAUCCCAAUGCCAGGCCAACUGAUUUUGACUUCCUAAAAAUAAUUGGCAAAGGUAGCUUUGGAAAAGUUCUUUUGGCCAAACACAAGUCUGAUGGAAGGUUCUAUGCUAUAAAAGUUUUGCAGAAGAAGUCCAUCCUUAAGAAAAAAGAGCAAAGCCACAUAAUGGCAGAACGCAAUGUGCUCCUGAAGAAUGUGAAACAUCCUUUCCUUGUGGGGCUCCACUAUUCUUUCCAGACCAAGGAGAAACUCUACUUUGUACUGGAUUAUGUAAAUGGAGGAGAGUUAUUCUUCCACUUGCAAAGAGAACGCUGUUUCCGUGAACCUCGAGCUCGCUUCUAUGCAGCUGAAAUGGCCAGUGCGGUGGGCUACCUCCACUCACUGAAUAUCAUCUACAGGGACUUGAAACCUGAAAAUAUUCUUUUGGAUUGCCAGGGUCACAUUGUUCUGACAGAUUUUGGACUUUGCAAAGAAGGAAUGGAGCCUGAAGGAACAACAUCUACCUUUUGUGGCACACCAGAGUACUUGGCUCCAGAAGUACUUAAAAAACAGCCUUAUGACCGAACGGUAGACUGGUGGUGCCUGGGAGCUGUCCUUUAUGAAAUGCUAUUUGGCUUGCCUCCAUUUUACAGCCGGGAUAUGUCUCAGAUGUAUGAUAAUAUCCUGCACAAACCACUUCAGAUUCAAGGAACCAAGACCAUAGCAGCUUGUGAUAUCCUACAAGGACUUCUUCAUAAAGAUCAAAAGAAGAGGCUUGGAGCCAAGACUGAUUUUUUUGAAAUAAAGAACCAUAUGUUCUUCGCUCCAAUAAACUGGGAUGAUUUGUAUAAUAAGAAGAUCACUCCUCCAUUUGAUCCUAAAGUGGCUGGGCCAGCUGAUCUACGACAUUUUGACCCAGAAUUCACUCAGGAAACUGUCUCCAGCUCCAUUGUCCAAACUCCUGAUUUAGCUACCAGCAGUUCCAGUGCAACAGAUGCUUUCCUAGGUUUUUCCUACGCACCAAAUGAUGAAGAUUAAAGCAUCUCAUGUAAACAAGG